AUGCCAUUAGAUCAGCAAACAUCUGCUUCACAAUCAAACGAUGCAUUGUGCCAAUAUUACUACAACGCACAAUUGGAUCAAUGUCAAUUAUUUACGUAUUCAGGGUGUGGAAAAAAUAAGAAUAAUUUUAACAUGUUAUUAGAUUGUGAACGGCAUUGCAAAGAAGCAAGUUAUAUGGGAUUGCAAGAUAUCAACUCAUCAACCUUUUGUACGUUACAACCCAAUUCAGGAGUGUGUAUGGCUCUCUUUACGAACUUUCUGUAUGUAGUCUGCGGCAUGGGCGGCAAUCAGAACAGAUUUCGCACGAUGGAGGAAUGUCAUAGGCAUUGUUGUAAAACUCACAUGCUUUAAAUUAUUUGAAUUUAAUAAAUAUAUGUUGAUGUUACACUGAAGUGUUUGUUUAUAUUUAUUUAUUUUUAAACACAAUAAUAUAAGUAAGAAAGUUUACCUUGCUUUGAGUGGCAAUGCCUUACUUUAAAACGCCCAAUACCACAGCCACUGGCUUGUUUGAUAGGAAGAGCAUAGUACUAUCGUCAACGGAUGUCUGGUUACAUGAAAUCACCUAGUAAAUCGCUUGUAUCCAGAGGUUUAAAAUAAAACUUUAUGAAUUUAAAAAAUAAAUAAUAAAAAGUCACAAUGUCGGUUUCAAUUCAAUAUUGUUUCAUGAAUAAUUUUUAUAUACACAAUUUUAUUAUUCCGUACGAACCAGGUUCGUUAAAGAAAGACGUAAAUUGAGCAGCCAUUACAAAAUAGUAUUUUGUUUCAUAUUGGUUUAUUUUUAAUCAAUUAUUACUAUCGCUGUGUGUGUCCCGGUAUAUAAAAGGCCACUCUUUUCCCGUAGGUAUCAUAAGAAGCGACCAAGGGAACUUAUGGUCGAGGAAUGGGGAGCAGUAUUAAUUACUGGCAAGACUCUUAUGGGGAAGGCUUGU